AUGAAAAAUCUCUCAAUCAUCCUACUUGUUCUUAGCCUCUCCAUGAUCGUUGGCCAUGUACACGGCGCCGGAGUGAGGAUCGCGAACGAACUCAGAUUCAAGAAACUGCUAAAGAUGGAGUGUCAUUCCAAAGACGACAAGAUAGGUCCAAAAAUCUUGAAACCUGGAGAGCAUUUUCGAUUCCUUUUCGGCGCUGACUUUUUUGGGAGGACACGUUUCAACUGUAGGUUGAGUCAAGGGCCUAAUUUCAGACACCACCAGAGCUUCGUAGCGUUUAAACAGCACGUUCACACGGAUUUAGGAGGCGUCUGGGAUUGGAGAGCCAGAGAAGACGGUAUCUAUUUCAAGAAAGAGGGCGGGUUGCAUAUUAAGAAGCCGACCCUAAUGCGCAAAGAGUAUUCUUGGAUACCUUGA